AUGCCCUCGGCGCUGGUCGCGCGAGCAGGCGUGUCACCGGAUCAGCAGGCAUUCUGGACCAGCAUCCUAUUGAUCUGUGAAACAGCCACGGCCUUUGCGGCUUGUCCGAUCUUCGGACUCUGGGUAGACUCAUCGGCUGGUCGCAGAGUCCCGUUCCUAAUAGGCUUGGUUUGGCUUGCCGCCGCGAUGGCUUUCUUUACCGCCGCGCGAUCGACGACGAUGUAUAUCGUUGGGAGAAUUCUGCAGGGCCUCGCAUCCGCGAUCGUGGACGUUGCAGGUCUGGCGCUGCUGCGAGACGGUGUGGGCAACGACCGCUUAGGAGAAGGACUGGGGUACGCGGGGACCGGCCGAAUGGUCGGACUGGUGGCAGGGCCGCCACUGGGAGGACUCGUGGAUCGUGCCGGUGGGUAUUAUGCGGUCUGUAUCCUAGGGUUUGUGAUCGUGGCUGUGGACGCAGUGAUGCGCUUAGCAGUGGUGGAGAAGGAGAAGAAGGAGAAGGGCGGGGAGCAAAGUGCCGUCCAAAUGCAGGAAGGUGUUGAUGCUGCUGGGGUUGAGGAAAGCGACAGGAAAUCCACAACCACGGCGAGUAAUACACCUGCCGAAUCGGAGCCCAAGGAGUCAAAGACAAGGGUGUCAUUUGCGAUGUGGAAAUUGUUAAAGCAGCCACGUGUGGUCAUCACGCUCUGGGCGCUCGGCAUCGAUGGGCUGAUCAUCGGCGCUUGUGAUGCGACGUUGCCUACCUAUGUGGAGAAGUUGUUCGGAUGGGAUGCCUUUGCAGCCGGUUUACUCCUCCUAGCCAUGGCAGUGCCAGCACUAUUGGAGCCCUGGUUUGGACGACUAUGUGACCGUUUCGGAGUCCGCAUCUUGGCAGUACUGGGGUUCGCAAUGCAUACCCCGACGCUGGUAUGUCUGCAAUUCGUCACCCAGGACAGUAUAUCGCAUAAGGUCCUACUAGCCGCGCUGUUGGCAUUAUGCGGCCUCUCGCUCUGCGUGGCCCUGCCAGCCCUGUACAUGGAGUCACAGAUCGUGGUCGAAGAAAUGGAGGAGCACAGUCCGGGCAUCUUUGGAAAGCAGGGGGCAGUCUCGCAGGCAUUUGCGUUGCAGACAAUGGCCAAUUACGCCGGCCUCUCAGUGGGACCCAUCAUUGGCGAGAAUAUGCUAAGUAGGUACGGGUGGAAGCCGAUGACCUGGACAUUGGGGGCGUUGGCUGGGGUAACCAUCUUGCCUGUGUUCUAUCUCAGCCAUGAGAGCCUCCGGGGGGAAGAGCAAACUGAAGGCGAACAAACCGGCGAGGGUUAG